AGUUGUAAUCAUUCACUCAUUCAUUCUUCCUUAGAAAACACUUGAUCCCACGAAAUUUCCAGGAAAAAUAACACUUGAUUCUUGGGAGAAGUAUUUGAUCUUUCUCGGUGAAAGUCUGCAUUUUUGUGGGUCAGUAUGGAAAAUUCAGGAGCAGGUAGUGAGGUGAACAGCCAAUUAGCUGAUCAUCUUUUAACUCAGAGCCUUCCAAGAUUAGAAUCACAGGCUGAAUCAGUUAGUAGAAACUCUACAAAUACGGCUGCUAAUCCAGAUCCGAGUACACAGCGUGCAGAUCACCUAACUCUUCAAAUACCUCCGAGACCAGGUAUUUUCUCAAAAAGUCGCAGUAUCAAGGGUUUCUUUCACUCGCUCAGCUUUAAGAAGAAGAAAGCUCCUUUGGAGGGUGAAAGAAGCCCUCUUCUCAGUUCAGAUAAGGCACCUCUCCCCGAGAGCCCCGCCUUUUCAAAUAUCUCGCCUUGGCAAAAGUGUGCUUCCGUUCCAGUAACACCUGCCUCGUACUUGUCGCCUAAGACACUCAGUGAAAGACACAGAUCACAUGAAACUGCAGCUAGAGUUGCUGUCUCGAGGUCACUCUCUGUGCCAGGGAGGAGGAAUUACUUCAUUGUGAGAUCUUUAUCGUUAAACUCCCGUGAAAAUCAAGCUUCACAUAGUAAUAGCGGUCAAAUAAGCCCUGCUCCUAUCCACGAGGAUCAAGAGAUUCCCGAAGAAGAAGUGGUGUGCAGGAUCUGUUUGGACACCUGUGAAGAAAGAGAUACGUUCAAGCUGGCAUGCCUUUGUAAAGGAGCACUCGAACUUUUACAUCGAGAAUGUGCAAUAGAAUGGUUUAGCAGGAAGGGAAACAGAUACUGUGAAGUCUGUCGUAACGAAGUUGUGAAUCUGCCCGUCACUUUGCUUCGAAUAGCUCCACCUGCUCAAAGAGAGACCGGAGAAAUGCCCAUACAUCAGUCAAUAAGUGCCUGGCAAGAUUUUGUGGUGCUCGUGUUGAUUACUACAAUAUGCUACUUCUUCUUCAUCGAGCAGCUACUGACCGAGGAUAUGAAAAACCAAGCGCUUGUGAUUUCUGCUCCAUUCGCUUUCACCUUGGGUCUUACUUCGUCAAUUUUUGCUGUGGUUCUUGCACUUAAAGAGCAUGCAUGGACUUAUGCGGGGCUUGAGUUUGCUCUUGUGGCCUUGAUUCUCCACGUUUUCUACAAUUUGCUGGCUUGGCAGCUAGAAAGCACGGGCAUGUCGUCCCGCAUUCAAAUCAUCUGGAAAACGAAAUCAAGAAAAAAUUGCAAACAAUGUAAAGUAUGUGUAUCAGAGAAGAAGAUCCAAAAGUCGUGUGCAAAAAACAAAAUCAAGGCAAACUUCACUUGUCAGCAAUUUACGCCAUCUUGAUCGCGUCGUUCUUAGGGCUUGGGACGGCUAUGCUCCUCCACACUAUAUACAUACAGAUUUCCUGGUGGUGGUCUCGAGAAGCACAGCCCUCCGAGCUAGUGUGACACCAGCUGAGAGAGAUGAAAUCAGAGAAACACGCCGUGUAUUUCCUUGUAGCCUGCAUGAUGUUGCAGGAACGUUGCCCUGCAGUAAAACGAAGAGGCUAACUCAGGGUUACUGCAGAAGCUCAAUUGCAUAUUGAAACUCCGAGAUUUCCGCUCUAUCAAGGGGCCUACAGGGUAGUGAAAAUUUGUACUGAUAUUAGUUUGACAUGUAGUAGCAAGUGGUAUUGUCAUUUUUGGUGGUGAUAAACAAAAAGGAGAUGAUAUUAUCUGUUAUUAUUUGAGUUACA